GUGAUUUAUCAUCGUUCGCCGUAAGCCGCUGGCCGUCGCCCGUUUGUUGCGUUGCGUUGCCUGUCGACAAUAAUUGUCAAUUGGACUUCGCUCCUCCGACGCCAAAUACGCGUAUAUUUUUUAACGUUACAAAAUUAAAACUUAAAAACAAAUUUUAACUUUUAUCCCGUCAACGGGUUCACGAACAAAUCGAACACUCAACCAGUCCGAUCAUGUCGUCUUGGCAAGAUUACGUUGACAAACAUUUGUUGGCCAGCAAAUGCGUUACCAAAGCCGCGAUCGCCGGUCACGACGGAAAUGUGUGGGCCAAGUCCGACGGAUUCGAGGUAUCAAAGGACGAAUUAAGUAAAAUAGCUCAAGGCUUUGAUAAUCGAGAUACAUUAACAUCGUCUGGAGUAACACUAUCAGGUGUUCGUUAUAUUUAUCUGUCGGGUACUGAUAAAGUCAUAAGAGCCAAACAAGGAAAAGUGGGAGCUCACUGUGUGAAGACUCAACAAACAAUAGUCGUUUCAUUGUACGAAGAUCCGAUUCAACCGCAACAAGCUGCAUUAGUUGUUGAAAAACUAGGAGAUCAUUUAGUCUCACACGGUUAUUAAAAAUGUUGGCGAAAAUAUAUUUAAAUUACAAUAUAAGACAGAUGUGAUACUACUUAAUCAACUUCUUUUUAUAUAUUGUUUUUGGUACACUAUAAAAUCUAUAAACCUAAUAAAUUUAAAAAAAAAUAAAAAUCUA